AUGUCCCGAUCGUUGGUUAUUCUUCUGGUGGCUAUGGCAAUUGUUCAAACUGUUGUUCCCAACGUACUGAACAGACACGAAAGGGCGGCUACGAGAUCGUAUGGACACGCCGCGCCGUUUUGUGCUGCACAAUGUCAAGCACUAGCAUGUAAGAAGAAAGAACUUUGUGUUUACAAGAAGGCUGAUGAGAUAAAGAAUAAGUCU